UCUUCGGAUACUAUAGUAAAAAUGGCGCCAGUGGGUUUGCCUCCAGGUUUCCGGUUUCAUCCCACUGACGAAGAACUUGUGAAUUAUUAUCUUAAGAGGAAGAUCCAUGGCCAAGAGAUUGAACUUGAUAUCAUUCCUGAAGUUGAUCUUUAUAAAUGCGAGCCUUGGGAGUUAGCAGAGAAAUCAUUUUUACCAAGUCGGGAUCCAGAAUGGUACUUUUUUGGACCAAGAGACCGAAAAUACCCAAAUGGGUUCAGAACAAACAGGGCAACAAGGGCCGGAUACUGGAAAUCAACCGGUAAAGAUAGGAGAGUUACAAGCCAACAGGGUCAAAACCGACCCAUUGGAAUGAAAAAGACGUUGGUGUAUUAUCGCGGACGCGCUCCUCAAGGUAUAAGAACAGAUUGGGUGAUGCAUGAGUAUCGCCUCGACGAUAAAGAUUUCCAUGACACAUUCGGUAUCCAGGACUCUUAUGCAUUAUGUCGUGUUUUCAAGAAAAAUGGUGUAUGCGUUGAACUCGAAGACAAUGGACACACGAGCAUGCUAGUAUCACAAUAUUCUCCGACGAUUAACAAUGACUAUGAAACGAUGUCACCGGAUGUUCCUGUGGCAUCAUCGUCUUGUGUGGAAGAAGAUGAGAAAGACGAUUCUUGGAUGCAAUUCAUAACAGAUGACCCAUGGUGUUCUCCAAAUAGUCCACACCCAACAUUAACAAACUAAUUAAAGUGAAAUGAAUACAAUUGUAUGAAAUAAAAUAUAAUUCAGUGAAAAAGUUAAUUGUUUGACUCAUACACUAUCGAUAAUUUAACGUAUGUUUUUGGCGGCUAAAUUGUAUACUUAUUUAAAUAUACAUCAGCUUCUGAAGUUCUGAUA